AUGGCAUCACUCCGUUUUCAAUAUACCAAGGCAAAUGGAACGCUGCGUUCCGUGAUAUGGAAGCCGAGAUUAUACCCCAUGUGUGAGGACCAGGGCAUGGCUAUUGUCCCUUGGGCGGCGCUCGGCGGGAGCCUGCUUCUAUCUUGCCAACAGAGGCAAGAGCGUGAGAAAAAGCAGGCUGGCCAAAAGAGCUUUUACGAAUUGGGUCCGCAUGAGCUCACGGUGUCUGGCGCACUGGAAAAGGUCGCUGUUGCCAAGAAGACUACAGUGCAGGCUAUCGCCCUGGCGUAUUUGUUCCACCCAUCGACCUACGUAGUCCCAAUCGUCGGCGUCCAGACGAUAGACCACGUCAAGGGGAUGAAUGAUGCAAUAAGUGUCAAGCUCUCGCCCGAAGAGAUCCAGUCAAUACAAGAUGCUGCGCCGUUCAACCCUCUUUUUCCCAUGAACUUCCUUAAUCAACUGCAAGGAUGGCAAGGGGUUCAGGACUCGGUUGACGCCGGUGGACCAUGCGCAGUAUAG